AUGGCACAGGACAACCGGCCUGUCCGGGUAUUGGUUGCGAAGCCAGGAUUGGACGGCCACGACAGGGGCGCAAAGGUGAUUGCCCGCGCAUUGCGGGACGCCGGCAUGGAAGUUAUUUAUACGGGGAUUCGUCAAACCCCGGAAAUGAUAGUUCAGGCUGCUGCCCAGGAAGAUGUUGAGGUUCUGGGAUUGAGUAUUCUUUCCGGCGCACACAUGGAAUUAAUGCCGGAAGUAAUGCGUCUUCUCAGAGAACAGGAAAUGGAGGACGUUCUCGUUGUGUUGGGCGGGAUUAUUCCGGAAGAAGAUCGCCAACCGCUGGCCGACAUCGGUAUUGACGCAGUGUUUGGGCCAGGCGCCUCAACGCAGCAAAUCAUUGACUAUAUCCGCAGUAGCACCGAUAGAGCGGCGGUUGGCGGGUAG